GAUUUGUGGUCGCAUUUGAUUGGCUUACGCAUGGCCAAUGGCUUCGGGUCUUCAAACGACGAUGGCCUCGCCGACCGAGACGACAACAGCAACGUACUUUGCGGGCCUGGCCGCAGGCAAGCCCAUUCGCUAUGGCAUGACUGCGUCCAAGGGCAAAGCGCUCUUCGCGACCAAAUCCUUUGGGCCGGGCGAGCCCCUUUUCCACGAGAUGCCGUUCGUGUCGAUGCAGCACAUUCCCAACCAGUCGCUCGUCCAAGGCUGCGAGAAUUGCCACGUCAUUGUCGGCUCGAUUGAGCAGCAGCUCGCCCAUGUGCUGCACGUCGAGGUCGGUGCAGUGCCGCCGCUGCCCAACCAGCUCGUGGGCAAGGUACCCGUGAACGGCAAGUGCACGUGCGCUUGCGGCGCCAUCUAUUGCUCACCGACGUGCCGGUCCGCGGCCUGGGAACGCUACCACUGCGCGCUCUGCACGGGGCACCCGGACACGCCAAUGCACGACUUUCUGCAGCACGCCAUCGACACGAACGAGAUCUUCCUCCUCGCAGCGCAAGUGCUCGGCCGCAUCUGUGUCGCGUACGCCAAGGACCAGGACCUGGCGGCCGCGCGUCGGCCCGUCGACAUGUUUUGCAAGCUGCCGUGGUGGGAGGUCGUUGCCUCGGAAGAGGACCUCGAGGAAGGCCAGAGCAUGGACGAGUACUGCGGCGUCUUCCGGCACCUCCUCGAAGAGACUUUUGCGCUCUUCAUGGACGGUCUUCGCUUCAAUGUGGCGCACUUGGCACUGCACGAGCCGCACCCAGACGAGGCGUCGGACUAUAUGAGCGGCCUGCACUGGGAGAACGUCGUGGCCGAUGGCAUCGCGAACGGGUUUCUCUCGGUCGACUUUUUCGCCAACGUCGUCGGCAUGUUUGAGAUGAACAACAUCAGCAUGGAGGUGCGCCACCCGCUCUCGCUUCUCGCCGAGCGCUACGAAGACUCGGGCGACGCUGAGAUUGCUGCUUGGCUCGACGUGGUGGAGGCCCAAGUGCGUGUCCAGGUCAAGAUGCACAUGGACGACGACGACGACGACGACGACGACGGACAUGAAGAGGAAGAGGAAGACGACAUUAUGUACCCCGACUUGGAUGGCACGGCGCUCUUCUCGCUCGUGUGCACGAUGAACCACAGCUGCGAGCCCAACGUGGCCGUCUGCUACGAAUCGAACGGUCUCGCGACCGUCGUCGCCUUGGCGCCGAUCGCGACGGGCGACGAGCUCUGCAUUGCGUACAUUGAAACGGAGCAGGACGUCGAAGCGCGCACGCACGACCUUCGCGAGUACAAGUUUGAGUGCCAGUGCCCGCGCUGCCUCCGCGAGCGCUAAGCUAUACGGCGUCAACUACAAGUCGUGCCAUGUGCUUCCACAUUGCACUUUGAUUUUGGAUUGAAAAUGACAUUGCACUUGGCGAUAACGUCAGCAUUCGUUGGCGCCGAAACCAGGUGAGUGAGGGAG